AAAAUUCCAACGUUCGGCGACUGAAGUGCAGUCCGGGAGAAGCGGCAUGUACGAGUCGUUCAAGCAACAAGGGAAACGUCUAUUGGAUGGGAACAAUGAGCCUGCGUCCCCAACGGUGGCUCUGAGCGAUGACCAAGACUACCAAGCAUCAUGUCCGUCGCUUCGAUUGUCGUACAAGGAGCGCCUCUUGGGCUGCGGCAUUUGCUUCUUCCUCGGCAUGAUGCUGUCGUUUGGGUCCACCGCUCGUCUUGGCCAGCUCGUGGCUGGUCGACCAGCACCCUUUGCGAUCUGUUACACGUUGGGAAAUCUAUUGUCCGUUGGAUGCACGAUGUUCUUCGUCGGUCCUGUGUCGCAGUGCCAGUCGAUGUUUCAUGCCAAGCGACGUGUCGCCGCCGCGAUCUACUUGGGAUUCAUUGCAAUCACCCUCACGCUUUGUUUUUCUCCGAGCGUCCCCCAUCGGUCCGGGCUUGUCGUGCUCUCCGUGCUCGUGCAAUUUGGAGCGUUGUCAUGGUACACGUUGUCCUACAUUCCGUACGGCCAAGCUGCAUUUCUAAGCGUGACCAAGCGCUUUUGCUGCCAGCCAGAUGUCGUCUAGACAAUCAUGGUCGCCGUUGAAGCAAGCACGAAUUGAGUAUUUUAACAUAACGUUAGGACCAUCGAACACGUUACUACAACAGUAGUGACGUUAUUGCAAUAUUUCGUGUCCCUGUCGUCGUCA